AUGGUGACCAAAUCACUCACCGUCCGUGCAGCAAAGUGGUACCAAGCGUACAAGAAUUUGUCUCUGCUAUGGGACAAAUUCAAAAAUGAAAUAAAUCAACACUUCGCUGGAGUUUCAGCACUUAAUAAAUUACACAUUAAACUGUACUCCACGAAACAGGAAGAAAAGGAAGCCGUCGGGAUAUUCCUACAAAAAAAAUAUCUCCUCGCGCUUCGCCUCCUCCCACAGGCCACGGACCAGCAGGUGGUGUCACUGCUACUUGAUGCAUUAAAACCCUCAAUUAAAAAGGUUUUACGCGCAGCAACUAUCUCUUCUUUUCAAGAGUUAAUAGAGCGGGCUGUCCAGGCCGAAUCCGACGAGGUAGAAGAAAAUCCGCGGAAAGUUACCCGAAAAACAACGAACGGGAAAACAACAGCCGCGGCACAGCAGCAAAAUAACAAUCAAGCGGAUUUCGUACAUAAUACUCACCCCUUGCGGCAGUGUCAUUACUGCCCCGGGCAGCACUAA